AAUUUAGCAGAUGGGACAGCAGGCCACCACUUUUGAACCAGCACACCUUAUAGCACUACGAAACUUAAGAAUCCAAGAAAGAUAAAGGAAAAAUUGGAAAGAGAAAGACCCACAACUCCUUGGGGAAAAAAAGAGACCAGUCUUUUAAAAAAAAAUAUAUUUUCUGGCAUAGAGAACUUCAGAAAACCUGGAACCUUCAGACUGGGACAGACUUUGGCAGAAACUGACUUGAAGGAUGCAGGACAGAGACUGGAAUGACACUUUUCCGUGCUCUCUCCUGAUAAAAGAGGCAUGUCCUUCAGAGGGCAUGUCUCUGGAGGGGGAUGGGGGCGUGCUUUUAGGUGCAUCUCUUGAUGGUGAGGUUUACUUGAACUCUAUGGCUGAGCUGGAGAGUGGGGAUGGGGACUUUCCAGAACUUUCUGCUUUCCUGAGCCAGGACGAGAUCAGUCGCAGUCUGGACCUGGCUCGCGAGGCCAUGAGUGACGCAGGUGACCCAAAUGACCUUGGUGACCCCCCAGUUCCUACAAAGAACCUCCCCCUUUACUCAGAAACCAAAGACCAAACCCUCCCAGAUUCUGAAUUAACUCAAAUAUCCCAGUCAACUAAUGUCGAAUCAGACAAAGUCUCAUCCAGUCUGAGUAUGCAGUUCAGCAAGCCUAAUCAAGCUUGCACUGCCCCUGAAUCACCUGAAAGGUUUGUCUGCCAAAAAUCUAUCAUACCAGUAUAUAAGCAGGACCGACCCCGCUUAGUCCAUGGAGGCUUGGAGCUGAAUGAACGAUCUGCUUCAGCUACCGAGUUCUGUAGCCGAGCUGCCACUUUCAUUGAGGAGCUCUCUUCCAUCUUCAAAGGCUCCACACAUGUGGAUCACAAAGGUGAUGAAAACGCCUCCUCACCUGACAGCGGUUACCUGUCUCCAAGGAGCCACCGGCUGGCUGCACAACAGGCUCAGCCACCUUCAUCAUCUUCCUCUUCCUCAGAACCCCAGCAGGAAGACACACACCAGGGCCAAGCUGGUUCAGAUAUGGCUGAACAUCAGGGGCGAGGGGUUAGUCUAGAUGGACCCAUGGCUCCACCACGCUUCACCCAGAAACUGAAAAGUCAGGAGGUGGCAGAGGGUAGCCCAAUCCGCCUCGAAUGCCGGGUGACAGGGAACCCCCUUCCACUAGUGAGGUGGUUCUGUGAGGGGCGGGAGCUGCACCACUGUCCUGACAUUCAGAUCUGUCGUGAUGGUGAUCUGCACACACUGGUGAUAACUGAAGCAUUUGAGGACGACACCGGCAGGUACACCUGCGUAGCUUCCAACGCACUAGGAGCAGACAACACCUCUGCAGAGGUCUAUAUCGAAGGUGAGGGCCAAGGUGCUUCUUCCUCUGACUCUGAAGGUGAAGGUUCUGUGUCGAAGUCUAGGUCCGGAGCCAUGCCACAGGUUCAGAAGAAAACCACCUCACUUUCCUUUACGAUACACACGGGAUCACCGAAGAGCCCAGAGGCCCACCCUCAUCGCUCCACGCUGGUCCAGCCGCUUUCUACUACACCACAAAGAGUUCAGAGUCCAGUUUCCUCACUCUAUGCUGGUGAUGCUCUUCCGAAAGCACCCCCUACUUUUACUAAGAUGUUGCAGGACACACAGGCAUCUGAAGGUCAGGUGGUGGUUUUGGAGUGCCGGGUUAGAGGAUGUUUUCCUUUGAAGGUCCAGUGGUUUCGGGAGGACCAGGAGAUCCAGGACUCCCCUGACUUCCGCAUUCUGCAGAAGAAGCCUAGAUCAGCAGCAGAACAAGAGGAGAUCUGCACUCUGGUGAUUGCAGAGGCAUUCCCUGAAGAUGGUGGUCUGUUCUGCUGCACUGCAACCAACCAAUAUGGCUCAGUUAAUAGCACUGCAAAGCUCACUGUCACCUCAGUUGCUGAAGAGUUGGCCAGCAACGGCGUAUCUAGGGAUGAUUGCGUGUUUGAGGACAGCCAACCAUUCCCUCCUCCUCCUCCUCCUCCUCCCACUGAGAUCAGUUUGUUGGAAGUCCCGCCCAAAACCCCGCCCAGUGCUGAGGCCUUCCAGAUAAAUGAACUGGACAUCUGGCCCAGCAUCAUGGCAUUGCCUGUGCGGAUCUCCACCAAUAAAGAGCAUCAUGAGAAUCUACCCAACAAACCUCUACAAAAUGGCCAGGCAGUAAACAAGCCACCAGAUGAGAGUCUACCAUCACCUUCAAGUGUAAAGGAAACAGUGGCUCAACCUCCAUCGCCGUCACAAGUUAAGGGUGCUCCACCUCUCCCCACUAAACCCAAACCCAAACUAAACGCUGCACAACUAAAGCAGCUUCAAGAUCAGAUCCUUCUAGAGCAGCAACAACAGCAGGAGGUUUCCCCUCCCCACCAAGAUUUACAGGAAGUCUCGCCUCCAUCUCCGCCUCUCCCACCUCCUCCCUGCUUCCAAGAGCUGGAGUGUAGCACCAUGCAGACAAGCACCUUCAACUAUGCCCGGCCCAAGCAGUUCAUCGCUGCCCAAAGCCCCACAACAAGCGGGGGACCACUUGGAUACAGCACCCAGUCCUCUACCUCCUCAGGCUCCAGCCUGACAUCCCCACUGUCCCCAACCACAAGCCACAAACCCUUCAGCCGUGUCACCCUUCCGCUCUUCCAACAGCAACCGUCACUGACUAAAGGAUGUAGUGUGGAGUCUCCCAACUCGCCCUCUUUCCCCCCACCCCCUCCACCCUUUUUCAGCUCCAGCAAUCUCUCCUCUCCUUCUGGCCUGGCACAAGACUUUCCUCCACCACCUCCACCACCUCUGCCACCUGUCACAUCAAGCCCCACACGUUCAGAAAGCUCCUCUCCCUUCACAUCCAUGCCGCACUCACCAGCCGGGUUUCUGGUAUCAGUGCUCCCAUCCUCACCUCCUCCACCACCAGUGAACGCCCUGGGCCUACCCAAGGGUAACGGCACAGUGGCAAUGCCACGUAAGACUACACCUCGCACACAGCGCAUCAUCUCUGAUUCUGACAUCCAAGGCACCAAAGAUGCCGUCAUACAAGAUCUGGAGAGAAAACUACGUUUUAAAGAGCUCAGCAAUGGACAACAGAGGUUAACCUAUGAGGAGAAGAUGGCUCGCAGGCUGCUGGGCGCUGACAAUGCUGCCACAGUACUUAACACACAGCAGGUGGAGGAGGAGCCAGUUUCACAAGAAGGCAGCACAGCUGGUUCAGAGUCUGUCCCUCAAAAGGAGUAUAAAGUUUCGAGCUUCGAGCAGAGGCUGAUCAGCGAGAUUGAGUUCCGUCUGGAGCGCUCACCUGUCGAGGAAUCUGACGAUGAUGUCCAGCAUGGCGAAGACAUGCCCGGAGAGGUUGCACCAUUUUUGGAUCAGAAGCUGAAGCACUACAAGGUCUUUGAGGGCAUGCCUGUGACCUUCAGCUGCAAGGUCAUGGGAGACCCAAAGCCAAAGGUUUACUGGUUUAAGGAUGGAAAGCAGAUCUCAAAGCGCAGUGAACACUACAGGAUCAGCCGCGAGGCGGACGGCACAUGUUCCCUGCACACAGCAGCUGCCUCUCUAGAUGAUGAUGGAAACUACACUAUAAUGGCAGGCAAUCCAGUGGGGAGGGUGAGCUGUACCGGAAGGAUGAUGGUCCAGGCUGUGAACCAAAGGGGGCGGAGUCAGCGCUCGACACCUGGACACAUCCGCAGACCACGCUCGAGGUCCAGAGACAGUGGUGAUGAGAAUGAGAAUAUUCAGGAACGUCACUUCCGCCCUCACUUCCUGCAGGCCCCCGGUGACCUUAUUGUGCAAGAGGGCAAACUCUGUCGCAUGGACUGCAAGGUAAGUGGUUUGCCAACACCUGACCUCAUCUGGCAGCUAAAUGGCCAGACCAUCCGUCCAGACUCCUCCCACAAGAUGCUGGUGAGGGAGAAUGGUGUUCACUCAUUGGUCAUCGAGCCGGUCACUAGCAGAGAUGCAGGAGUGUACACAUGCAUCGCCAGUAACAGGGCUGGACAGAAUUCAUUCAACCUAGAGCUAAUUGUUGCAGCCAAAGAGAUGCAUAAAGCCCCAUGCUUCAUUGAGAAACUCCAGAACACAAGUGUCGCUGAGGGUCACCCUGUGCGUUUAGAGUGCCGUGUGUCUGGAGUUCCUUUCCCACAGAUCUUCUGGAAGAAAGAAAACGAGUCCCUCACUCACAAUACAGACAGGAUAAGCAUGCACCAGGAUAACUUCGGUUACCUCUGCAUGAUCAUCCAGCCGGCACUGAAGGAGGACGCAGGCUGGUACACGGUUUCAGCAAAGAAUGAAGCUGGCAUCAUCUCCAGUACAGCACGUCUUGAUGUGAAUGCCCAGUGGCAGCAGACUCACACCCCAAAGCCCAAGAAGGUACGUCCAUCAACGAGCCGCUAUGCUGCUCUGACAGAACGGGGUCUGGAUGUGAAGGCAGCCUUUUUCCCAGAUUCCAGCCCUCUUCAUCCUGGUGCCCUAGUGGAGAGUGAUGACCUGUAGAGACUAGCACAGAGACUAUCCCUCAAUUGCAUUGGCAAUAUCCAGUGUACGCCAUAAUCCCCACCCAUUUUCCAGUAGAAACCUCUUUGAGAAAAGUGAUCGAAUGAUUUUAACAGCCAUUCAUUCAGUCAGACUCAAGGGGAGAAAGGAAGCUGGUCAGCAUUUCCUCAGAAAUUUUGAUUAAUGAUAUUUAAGAUCAGAAAAAAGACCAUUAACUAUACUUUUGUCAAAUGUUUUCUGAGGGGAAGUAAUUUGGGUGCUUAAGUGAGGUCAUAUCCUGCUUGUAAACAGACUUAAAGGUUCGCUGGCAUACUUAACAUACCCACAUAUGCUAUUGAACACAAAUAUACACACCAGCACGUGCUUUGAGGAAGGAGGUAGUAUACUGAUGAUCUCUUUGUUAUUUCACAAAGUGCCCAAGAUAUCUUUAAUGAUAUUAUAAAUAUAGCAUCUAGCUCUGCAUGUUACUACAGUGCCAAUAUGUAACACUUUAUGUAUUUAGUAGUUACAAUGCCUUAGAUUAGAUAUAUUUAUGAAACGCUAGUGGAAAUAUUUUCUCUCCAGAACAGGAAAUAGAAAUUUUAAGGGACAGGGCUUUGAAGAAAUGGGGAAAAGCAGAGGACGCACCUAAAGCUGUAGAGACCUGAUAGUCCCUGGAGCUUCAGGUUCCUUGCAAUGACAAAAGAGAUUCCAGAUAAUAUUCUGCUUCUUUUCUGUCAACUGAAGUAUUGACAUAUGCACACUGCCAUUGAGAUGAGCUGUGUCUGGAUCUCAGCACAAGUCCAGAGGUGUUACACAAGGCCGGGCCUUUAUGAUCAUUUCCCACCCCAUCUUUUGUUAAUUUUUAGGUGAGUUUAAAAGUGGAUACUGAUAUGUCAUUAACAUGAGUUUUGGCUGAAUGACAGGUUUUGGUGAAUACAGAUGUUUGUUGUGUUUCCAUGAAAGCGAGAAUGAUGAGAAAUGCCUAUGAUGGAAGUACAGGAAGUUUGUGGGCUGUGCAGAGAUCUUCUGGUUAUUGAUGAAAAUAAGACGUUUAUACAUGUAUGAUUGAUUCAGAAUUAUUUUAAUGAGGAUGGUUGUGCAUGGAAUGAAUAGAUGGUAAUGCUUUGACAAGUAGGCUGCAGUUUUCAGGUUUGGAAUUACAGAAACAUGCAAAAACUUGCACUCAAAAUGUGACAUUGAUGGAAACAGUUUGUAAAGGGUAUAGUUUACCCAUUUGCUCGACCCUUUGAUGUUCCAAACCUGUAUGAUUUAUUAGAAUGUAACUUUAAUUGCAUUGGAAAAAAGAUGGAAUGAAAGUGAAUGCUGAUUAAGGAUAAAAUGUUGCCAAACAUCUCUUUUUGUGCUCCAAACAAGAAAGCCAUACUGGUUUGGAACAGCAUGAGGUUGAAUAAAUGAUGACAGAAUUGUUAUUUUUUUUCAGGUCAGCUAUCUCCUUUUAAGUAUUUACAUUUGAUUGUGACUUAUUGCUGUCUGAAAAUUGUUUAGAACGGACCAGUAUUUUCUGUGUCUCAUUCACACGAACUUUCAGAUACGGUUCCCACAACAUUUGCUUUUAUCAUGAAAUUGAAUAUAAAAUACUUUUUGGGUAAUUCAAUAACUUCAUCUCAUACACUCACUGAUAUUUGCAGCAUAUAUACACAAUAUAACAGAAAUAUAUAUGUAUAAGCCUUUUAUUACAUAUGUUCUUACUUACACAGCCGUUUUUUUCCUUGAAAUAGACAAAAGACGAUAGGGGGCUCUUAUUCUGCAAAAUAUUUUCUGUUUUCCAUGCCAAUCUGUACCUGUAUAUGGACUGUACUCAUUCUGUUUUGGUUUAUGAAUAGUAACAUAAAUAAACAUCUCUGAAAGUA